CGUUCUGCUGCGUGGCUCGGAAACGGAGAGGGGUCAUUAUAAGCCGAGGCUCGGGUGAACAACGCUGUUCUCACACAACUCGCCGCACAUGCCAUCGUAACAAAACAAAGACACACGUCGGAAUCGCUCUGUCCGCGGCGCAAUGGCAAGAAGAACAGAGAUCCCGUCCGCUUACUACGGUGAACCACGCAAGUUCGACCCAACUUUCAGAGGGCCUAUCCACAACAGGAGCUGCACAGAUGUGCUGUGCUGUGUGAUCUUCGUCAUCGUCAUCCUCGGCUACAUCGCCCUGGGAACCGUGGCCUGGAUUCAUGGCGACCCGAGGAAGGUGGUUUACCCUACAGACAGUAACGGGCAGUUCUGUGGGCAGAAGGGCACCCCAAAUGCAAAGAAAGCCAUAUUAUUCUACUUCAACAUACUGAAAUGUGCCAGUCCUGCAGUUCUAAUAAACCUGCAGUGCCCGACCACGCAGUUGUGUGUUUCCAAGUGCCCGGACAGGUUUGCUACCUAUUCAGACAUGCAAUACCACUACAGAUCCAACAAAAGCUACUGGGAGUACUACAGACAAUUCUGUAAGCCGGGCUUCGACAAUCCUAGAAAGUCUGUGGCACAUGUUCUGCGGGAUGAGGACUGUCCGUCUAUGAUCGUGCCAAGCAGACCCUUUCUACAGCGUUGCUUCCCCGAUUUCAUCACCAGGAACGGGACUCUGACCGUCGGCAACAAAACCGCCUUCAAGGAUGUGCUGGGUCAAACGAGGAGCGUGACUGAACUCAGAGACGCCGCUAAUGGCAUCACCAGUCUCCUGGAUACCAAGGAGGUGGGCAUGAAGAUCAUUGAGGACUACGCCAGCUCCUGGUACUGGAUAUUAAUAGGGCUGGUGAUCGCCAUGGUGGUCAGUCUGAUCUUUAUCCUGCUGCUGCGUUUCACCGCCGGCUUCCUGCUCUGGGUCAUCAUCUUCGGGGUCAUUGCUGUGGUGGCCUAUGGUAUCUGGCACUGUUACUGGGAGUUCAUCACACUGAGGGGGAAGCCGGACGCUGAAGUCACCAUCUCCGACAUCGGAUUCCAGACAGACUUCAGUGUCUACCUGGAGCUCAGCCAGACCUGGCUGAUUCUUAUGAUAUCCCUGGCCGUCAUCGAGCUCACCAUCAUCCUCAUGCUGAUCUUCCUAAGGAACAGAGUCCGCAUCGCUAUCGCACUGCUGAAGGAGGGUAGCCGGGCCAUCGGCUACAUCAUGUCCACUCUGUUCUACCCCAUCGUCACCUUCCUGCUGCUGGCUGUCUGCAUCUCCUACUGGGCUGUGACUGCUGUCUUCUUGGCAUCCUCCGGAGAUGCCAUCUACAAAGUGAUGCCCACACAGCCGAACUGCAUGUAUGCCAACCUCACCUGUGACCCUGAGACCUUCAAUAAGACCAACGUCACCAAGGUGUGCCCCGGCUCGCAGUGCACCUUCGCCUUCUACGGCGGGGAGAGCCUGUACCACCGCUACAUCUUCAUCCUGCAGCUCUGCAACCUCCUCGUCUUCCUCUGGCUGGUCAACUUCACCAUCGCCCUGGGCCAGUGCUCGCUGGCCGGCGCCUUCGCCUCCUACUACUGGGCCCUGAAGAAGCCGGCCGACAUCCCGCCCUGCCCGCUCUUCUCCUCCUUCGGCAGGGCGAUACGGUACCACACGGGCUCCCUGGCGUUUGGCUCCCUCAUCCUGGCCGUUGUGCAGCUCAUCCGGAUCGUCCUGGAGUACCUGGACCACAAACUCAAAGGGGCCCAGAACGUGUUCGCUCGGUUCCUGCUCUGCUGCCUCAAAUGCUGCUUCUGGUGCUUGGAGCACUUCAUCAAGUUCAUGAACAGAAACGCCUACAUAAUGAUUGCGCUGUAUGGGAAAAACUUCUGCACUUCAGCCCGGGAGGCCUUCUUCUUGUUGAUGAGAAAUGUAGUGAGGGUGGCGGUGCUGGACAAGGUCACAGACUUCCUGCUCUUCCUGGGCAAAGUGCUGAUUGCAGGGGGUGUAGGUGUCCUUGCCUUCUUUUUCUUCACUCGCAAGAUACCGGUCAUUCAGGAAGAAGUGCCAGCACUCAACUAUUACUGGGUGCCGUUACUGACAGUGAUAUUCGGGUCCUACUUGAUUGCGCACGGCUUCUUCAGCGUCUAUGCAAUGUGUGUGGACACCUUGUUUCUCUGUUUCUUGCUGGACCUGGAGAAAAACGACGGAUCUGCAGCCCGGCCGCAUUACAUGAACAGCACCCUCAGAAAGAUCCUCAACAAGAGGGGGAAGAGGAGAAAGAAGGAGAAAAGAUGAAUGGGGCAGGGAGCAGGAACCCACAGGGAGGACAACAUGUCACCUGCCAUUCAAAUCAAGGGAAAGAUGUGUGUACAUCCACCUUACAAAAAGUCCACAUCCAUCCUAUAAGAACCGUGAAUGGUAAUCUCGGUCGUGGCAAUUUUUUUCUGCUAACCAUUUAUAUGGCUUCUUUCACUAAAGGGAAAUGUUGGGUAUUUAUCCCCUGCUGUAUUUGUGAAAUCAUUUUUUAUAUGGACUUUGGUAGGGUUGACAAUGGGUUUACCGCUCAUGUCACACCGGUGGUCCGCAAUUAAUUUCCCUAUAGCAGAUUUAUACAGAAACAAUUAAACCCACACUGAAAUAGUUGUGUAUAAAUUGUGUCCUUUGAAAUACAAUGUUUAGCACUGCUUUACCCUUGCCCUUGAAAAUUUAAUCACAGUGCAUCCAGCUGCGGGUUCCAGGGCUAUUCACCUCAAAAGCGUUUCUAGCUUUGUUUAAACCGCUAACACUCAGAGCCGCAAGAGGCUAGAACUAGACUGGUUCAAUCAUGAUGAUUAGUUCGCCCAAGUGUUUAAGUGCCUGACUGGAACAAUGCCGGCAGGCAGCAGUUGUGGCCAUCUACAGCAAUGAGUGGGGGCACCCUACUGUACUAAGUGCCACCCACAUGUAGCCCACUAGGGGGCGCAGUAAGCACAUGACCAGACAAGCCCUCAAGCCUUUGUUGUAAAUGGCAUGAAGUAGCAGUCCAUUGGACCAGAGUCUAUACUAAAUCAUUUUACUCCAUUCUACAGUUCAAAGUGCAAUGUGCAGUUUUUUCACAAAUAGUCCACACUUAUGUAAAUUGUCUUAAAAUGUCUAACCCAUUGGGGGAAAACUGCAUUUCGCGUUUAAUUUGGAAUGUUGUGAAUAUUCCAUCAAUUCAGUGAAUUUAUAAAAUCUCUCAAUUUACAAGCCACAACAUAUACCUCCAUUUAUACAAAAAGACUUGAGGUUUGGCAUUCCUCGAAGAUCCCCAAAUGUUAGAAUCAGCAGAAGGAGUGACCAACAGAGAGGUCUUCCGACACAAAGCAGGCAGGGUUUAGAACCGGUUAGCAACAAAUCGCCAAAUUUGGAGCAUGGCAACAUGAUCUCACAAGACCGACACAGGCCAGGUAAGCUUUUCAAAAAAAGGGCUAGCUCCAAUUUCUGUACUUCACAACACACUUGGGAUGGAAAAUGUUUCAUCUCAGCGCUUAAUCUAACAGAUCCACACUACAAAUAUUGCUUAUUUUAUUGCCCUUCUAAUAUGAUGUCAUCACCUUGGUAGCCUGACUGCAAGCUGUUGGACAGAAAUUCACUGUAGUAUAUACACACUGUGUGGUCACCCCUAUUGUAGUCAGUUAAUCAGCGUGACGCAUGAUGGGGAAAACGUUCUGCUCCAUUAUUCCAAAGACAGCAAAUGGAAUUGUGUUGUGUAAAUACCGUCUGCAGUGUGGAGAUGGAAUGUGGAUGAUCUGGGAAACAAAUGCAAAACAUUUGUUUCCUCCUGAAAUCACAUCACUACCUAUUCCACUGAGUCGCUCACAUAGUACAGAACUCCCCAAUAAA